AUGUCGUCAUCUGCCCGCAUCUCCUCCGCCGUCUUCACCACCGCUGCUUGCACCUCGCCGUCACCGCGCGCUCCCCACCUCGCCCUCGCCACCGCCACGGCGCUCGUGAGGAAAGGGACGUUCCGCCCUGAGGAGGCACACGACCUGUUCGACGAAUUGCUGCGUCAAGCCACCCCAGUGCCCGGGCGCGAGCUGAACGUGUUCCUCGCCGCGCUCGCGCGGGCACCGGCCUCCGCCGCCUGCAGAGAUGGCCCUUACCUGGUCGUCGCACUCUUCAACCGCGCCUCUCGAGCUCACGGCCUGCGGGUGCUGUCCCCCACAGUCCACACCUAUGGCAUCCUCAUGGACUGCUGCACCCGCGCACACCGCCCGGAGCUAACGCUGGCCGUCUUCGGCCAGGUCCUCAAGACAGGCUUGGGCAUCAAUACCAUCAUCAUCAGCAACCUUCUGAAGGGCCUUUGUGAAGCAAAGCGGACAGACGAGGCUUUGGACAUCCUUCUCCACAGAAUGCCUGAGUUGGGUUGUGUGCCUGAUGUUUUCUCGUACUGCAUACUUCUGAAGAGCUUCUGCAACGAAGGAAAGAGUGUCCAGGCAGAUGAAAUGCUACGGAUGAUGGCUGGAAGGGGAGCUGUCUGCUCGCCCACCGUGGUCGCAUAUAAUACGGUCAUCAAUGGCUUCUUUAAGGAGGGCGAUGUUGCUAAAGCAUGUGAUCUAUUCAAUGAAAUGAUGCAGCGGGGCAUUUCACCUAAUCUAGUGACUUAUAACUCCGUCAUUCAUGCACUGUGUAAGGCAAGAGCAAUGGACAAGGCAGAGGCUGUCCUUCGACAAAUGGUUGAUAAAGGUGUUCUGCCAGAUAACAGGACAUAUAAUAACUUGAUCUAUGGAUAUUCCUCUAUGGGCCAGUGGAAGGAGGCAGUUAGGGUAUUUAAAGACAUGGCAAGUCAGGGCAUCUUACCAGAUGUAGUUACUUUCAACAUGUUAAUGGCUUCCCUUUGCAAAUAUGAAAAAAUCAAGGAUGCUAGAGAUGUUUUUGACUCAAUGGCAAUGAAGGGCCAAAAACCUGAUAUUUUCUCCUACCAAAUUAUGCUCAACGGGUACGCUACUAAAGGAUGCCUAGUUGAUAUGACAAAUCUAUUCAAUUCGAUGCUAGGAGACAGUAUUGCACCUGACAUCCAUAUUUUCAAUGUGCUGAUCAAGGCAUAUGCUAAUAGUGGAAUGCUAGAUAGGGCUAUGAUUAUCUUCAAUGAAAUGAGGGAGCAAGGAGUGAAACCUAAUGUUGUAACCUAUUCGACAGUGAUAGCUGCACUUUGCAGAAUUGGUAAGCUGGAUGAUGCUGUGGAAAAAUUUAAUCAGAUGAUUGAUCAAGGAGUAGCACCCAAUAUAUCUACUUACUAUUGCCUGAUUCAAGGUUUUUGUACUUAUGGUGGUUCGCUAAAAGCCAAGGAAUUGGUUUUGGAAAUGAUGAAUAAGGGUAUGCGUCCUGACAUUGUUUUCUUCAGUUCUAUAAUAAACAACCUUUGCAAACUGGGAAGGGUAAUGGACGCACAACAUAUAUUUGAUUUAACUGUAAAUAUUGGUCUGCAUCCUACUGUUAUGGUGUAUAGUACGCUGAUGGAUGGGUACUGUCUAGUUGGCAAGAUGGAUAAAGCAUUAAGAGUAUUUGAUGCUAUGGUGUCAGCUGGCAUUGAACCAAAUGUUGUAGUGUACGGUACACUUGUUAAUGGCUAUUGUAAAGUUGGAAGGAUCGAUGAAGGAUUGAGACUUUUCAGAGAAAUUUUGCAUAAGGGAAUGAAGCCUUCAACUAUUUUAUACAACAUCAUACUUGAUGGGUUAUUUCAGGCUGGGAGAAAAGUUUCUGCAUUGGAAAUGUUCCAUGAAAUGACUGAAAGUGGAAUCUCAGCGCACACAAAUACGUACACCAUAGUUCUUGAUGGACUUUUUAAAAACAGUUGUUCUGAUGAAGCAAUCUUGCUUUUCAAAGAACUACGUGCAAUGAAUGUAAAGAUUGAUAUCAAAACUCUUACUACCAUGAUAGCUGGAAUGUUUCAAACUAGGAGAGUUGAAGAAGCCAAGGAUUUGUUUGCUUCGAUCUCAGGAAAUGGACUGGUGCCUUCUGUUGUGACAUACAGUGUAAUGAUGACAAAUCUUAUAAAAGAAGGAUUGGUGGAAGAGGCAGACGAUAUGUUUUCAUCCAUGGAGAAUGCUGGUUGUGAUCCUGACUCUCGAUUGCUGAAUCAUGUGGUUAGGGAAUUACUAGAGAAACGUGAAAUAGUCAGGGCUGGAACUUACCUGUCCAAAAUUGAUGAGAGAAAUUUCUCACUUGAACAUUCAACCACAAUGUUGCUGAUCGAUCUCUUCUCAAGCAAAGGGACUUGUCGGGAACACAUAAGAUUUCUCCCUGCAAAGUAUCAUUUUCUUGGAGGGGCCAGCCUGUAUUGA